CUGACGCAAGAGUAACAGAACACGAUCACUUGGUCGUCUCUCCCCUCUCCGUCCUCAGAACUGGUCUAGGGAGGGAGAAGACGAGGAGUGGGAGGGAGAUCGCAAGAUGGUGCUGUGGGUGUUCGGGUAUGGGUCUCUGAUAUGGAAGGCGGGGUUCCGCUACGACGAGAGGCGCGUCGGAUUUAUUAAGGGAUUCCGGAGGGUCUUCUACCAAGGUAGCACAGACCACAGAGGGACUCCCGAUUUCCCCGGAAGAACCGUCACUUUGGAACCCCUUCGCGGAGCAAUCUGUUGGGGAGUUGCAUACAAAGUUUCUGGUGAAGAAGAUCAGAGGAUUGCCCUAGAGCAUCUAGAAAUAAGGGAAAAGCAAUAUGACAUGAAGGUUUAUCUUGAAUUCUACACUGACCCGGCUUCUUCUACUCCAGCUAUCAAUCAUGUAAUGGUAUACAUAGGUUCAGCGGACAAGAAGGCCAACCAGAAUUAUUUGGGACCAGCAUCACUGGAUGAAAUGGCCAGACAAAUUGCCGAGGCUGAAGGUCCAUCUGGACCCAACAGGGAUUACCUUUUCCAACUUGAUGAUGCGCUAAAACAAAUUGGAUGUGAUGACACCCAUGUUAGAGAUCUUUCUAAUGCAGUUAGAAGAAUUCUCUCAACAAAAGCAGCAGCAUAAUUUGAAAAAGGGACAGAACAGCAUAGUUUCUGACUAAAGUUGAGCAAAAUUCAACAUUAUAAUCUGCUCUGGAUCUUGGUUUUCGAUUCAUAGUAGCUUUCUUUGCUGGUAUCACAAUCUACUGAGCUAAUUGUUCAGGUGGUUAUUACACGGUAUAUGAUUUAUUCAUCCAAGCGAAUGCAUAACUUGUUUAGGGUGUAAUUGAUAUGUAUCGACAGUAUAAAAUUUGGACCGUUACUUGGCUCAAUAAAUGAUUCCUCUUAAUCAAACUAUAUUACUUGGGGAAUA